AUGGCCUUAGGCUUUGGAGGGGAGAGCUUCCUGAGCAAUUACAGCCAGCUGUUGGGGGGGCUUUGCAGUCUUUCUGAGCUACGUGGAGCAUCGCAAGCAGCUCAGGACCUGGCCAUUAUGCAGGCUGAUCAUGGAUGCUUCCCCUGGCAAGACUGCAAUGUUAUUGGAGACGGGUUUGCCACCAAGCUCAGAGCCGUUUGUUCUCAUGAUAGAACCAUCUACAUUCUGGACUACCGCUACAAGUGUGUGGGCUGCCCAAAAGCCCAAGGGUCCAAGAACCGCUGCUUUUCAAGCGCCCACCCGAAGGUCCUUGCCGAUCUACCUCCUUUCAUACAGCGCCAGUACGUGGAGCAAUUCCUCGUCACGCAUAGAGGAGCCUUGGACCGGGUGCUCUACAACCUGGUGCGGGGGCUCACUAUUGCUGGGGUUGCUUUUGCUCUAUGCGCACGACUCAUCAAGGAGUCGCACGCGCUGCAGUUCUACGCUUGCAAGGAGACAUAUCUUCUUUACCACGAAGCUCUCCAGAAGAGCGAGAGGUCGUCCAUUAGGAACUUCUUUAAGCCUUCCAAUCCCGCAAGCGUAGGUCCCUCUUCCACUCAAGGGGCUGACCCCUCCCCCCCCCAGCCUGCACAAAUAACGCCCAUUCCUGACUUCGGCGAGUUUGAGUCCGGCACCGGAUACCGCAGCUACGUUCCAAGCACUGGUUACCUGACCAGUGUCUACCUCGCAGAGUUUGAGAGCCGCAAGCAGUGGAUUCACCAGCAGCUGGUGCAUGUUGACGGGCGAUAUGUGAAGCUGGACCAUACGUUCAAGGUAUGCAAAAUGAUCAGGACCGCGGAUGGGAAGAGGGCCUUUCUUGGGGUGAUGACCGUGAUGAACGAGUACGGUCAGAUUGUGUUCCAAAAGAUGACGCAGACGACAUCUCUCGACGAGGUUUCCGGCGACUUCCAGAAGAUCCGGGCUAGAUAUGCGGCCCAUGGCUUCCAGCCCAUGGAGAUCGCCUGGGUGGAUAAUCCCAGGACGACGUCUGCAAAAGUCAAGGCCUCUCUUGGGGUAGACUUGGUGCUGAACGACCCCUUGCACGCCCUGAUGCUUGUGUCGCGCACAAUUCCAGAUGACCAUAGUCUGAAAGGUUUGCUCAUGACCCGCAUGAGCCAGGCAAUGUUCAAGACAGUGGAAGGCGACAAGGCCCUACUGGUGGACUACCUUCGGAGGAGCGGGCUGUCAGAGGGGGAUAUUGUCAGGAAGCCGGCUGCAUAUUUCAAGCGGCACUGCCGGCGUGUCAUUCCGACCGCCACGGAGUUGGUAACUAGACUGGACCAGGUCUUCCAAGGCCUCCAGUACGCGUACGACACAGCCACGGGCGUCACCCUGUUCAACAAGGCCACCACUCAAGCCUUCAUUAACGUCCUCAAACUGGCCGAAGAUGGCCUACUGAGCGAUCCUCUUCCUGUACAGGAGAUGUUCAUCCAAACCGGCACCUGGGGGGGGGGCAUUCCUCGCUACACAGCCAUCCGGGGCUCCAGCCAGCUCGAAGGCUAUCACCGCCACUUGGCACUUGUGCUAUCUGGCGCCAACAACUCCCCGCAGCUUGCCCACGCUCAGCUCUCCGACCACAAGGUCGACUGGAACCGAAGAGCGGCAAUCGCAAAGCGUGGGCAGCGCGAUUAUCUCAUCUCAGAUCUGCGCCGCAUCGAGCGUAUCAAAGCUGCGAGCGCAAGGCUGAACAUGUCGGACCCGUACCCUGAGUACGUGGUGCUCUCCUUCGAGUCAAACGAGCUGUUUGGCUGCGAUGGUGUUCUUGCGGGGCUAGAUGGUGACGCAGUGAGCAGCUUCGAGGCUUUAAGGGAGGCGGAGCUGCCGGAGGUGGUGGAUGAUGGGGGUGCAUCACUGCUUGAGGUUGACUUUGACGAGACCAAAGAGCCCGUGGUCGCCCGAUUCAAUCCACAUGCGCCCCCGAUCGAGGUGCCAGUGGCUACCCCGACCCCGACUCCCAGCGGAGCAACAUGGCCAGCAGAGUUGGUCCCCCCCCGCGCUGCUGUCACGCCCUCCGCCGUCCCGAGGCCAGGCGCACAAUUGCGCAACACCUCAGGCAGCCUGGGGGGCGAGAGAUUCGAGCGGUUUGGCGUGUCCGCAGAGAGUACGAACAUCUCUGCGUUUAGGACACGCCAGCUGCUUCGGGAAGCGCUUGUUCGGAUUUCCAAGUCGGAAAAGUUCGGCUGCUUUGCUCCUCUUGUCUCACUGGUGCCGCCCCCCUAG